AUAAAAUCUGCUAUCAUAUUAGUCAUUGAAGAGAGAGAAAAAAAGAAAAUGGAAAAUAUCACAGCAAGUGAAAUUGCAGGUUUAGGGGUUGGUGCUUUCCUCCUUUGUGCCACUAUUGCUGCCCCUAAAGUUGAUGCCUUCAUCUCCUCUUCCCAAAGAAGUUCAUUGAAGAUGUGCAGGAGAUGUGGGGAUGUAAAGCUGAUACCUUGCAAAAAAUGUAAAGGAUCCGGAUUAGUUAAACCGGGUGGAUUAUUUGGACUGAGUAAUCCAAUGGGUGAUUUAGUUUCGGAUCGAUUCGAAUCCAAUCAGAGUUCAAUACCCUGUGUUAAUUGUGGAGCUAAGGGUCAUUUUCAUUGCCCUCAAUGUUACCAAGCUUUUACUGAAUCACAAUAAGAUUAUUAUUAAUGUAAA